AUGGUGUUGGCUGAGGACAUGCGGCUUGAACGUGAGACACAGCUGCAGGAGGUCAUACCUGUUGACCUGGAGGUCAGAGAUGGAACGACGAAGGAGUGGCAUUUCACUUCUUCUUCCCAUGGCCUCAGCAGAUGAGGCGGCAGUUUUCAGUUUUUCUUCUUGCUCGCUUGGAAGGAGCAAAUGACCAGCAAGAACUCAAUUAGCAACAUGUCCCUCCCAGCCGGGGGUCCGAGCCGCUGCUUGUUCAGCCGUAUCAGAGAUCAAGUCGGCCUAAGUGAAGUGAGCGCAAGCGAGCGAAAAGGGUGCAGGAUGUACAGCUUUAUGGGUGGAGGUUUGUUCUGUGCAGGCGUGGGGAACAUCCUCCUGAUCGUUUCCACAGCAACCGAUUACUGGAUGCAGUAUCGGCAGUCCAACAACUACAUGCACCAGGGCCUGUGGCGGUACUGCAUGCCGGGGAAAUGUUUCCCCCACAACGACAGCAUCGCCCACCUAGACGCUACCCGUGCCCUCAUGAUCCUCUCUCUGUUGGCCUGUUUCAUCGGCAUCAUCAUUGGCAUCAUGGCCUUCAUCCACUACUCCUCCUUCGACAGGUUUGACAAAACCUUUGCUGCAGGCAUAUUGUUUUUCAUCUCAUGCCUUUUAGUGUUUCUAGCGAUGUCAGUGUACACUGGUGUGACUAUGAACUACUACGGGAAGCGCUAUGGAAACUGGAGGUUCUCCUGGUCAUAUAUUAUAGGCUGGGUGUCCGUUGUGCUCACCUUUUUUUCAGGUAUAUUCUAUUUGUGUGCCUACCGGAUGCAUGAAUGCCCCAGGAGCUCCAACUCUCAUUAG